CAGCAGGGAGCCAGCAUGGCCAGUAAGUCCAAAUUUAUUGACUAUAUUGACGAAGCUUUGGAAAAAGCAAAAGACACUGCGCUUUCUCGCUUGUUUUUCACUCAUCAGGGGAUUCCGUACCCAAUCACCAUGUGCACCUCAGAAACUUUCCAGGCCUUGGACACCUGUGAAGCCAGAAGUGAUGACAUAGUGCUCACAUCUUAUCCAAAGUGUGGUUCAAAUUGGAUUCUCCACAUCAUUAGUGAAUUGAUAUUUGCUGAAUCUAAAAAAACGUAUGAAUAUCCAGAAUUCCCAAUUCUUGAAUGUGGGGACCCAGAAAAAUACCAGAGAAUGAAACAGUUUCCAUCGCCAAGGAUUUUGGCAACUCACCUCCAUUAUGACAAAUUACCUGGGUCCAUCUUCAAGAAUAAAGCCAAGAUAUUGGUAAUAUUUCGAAACUCUAAAGAUACGGCAGUGUCUUUUUUCCAUUUCCACAAUGAUGUCCCCGAUAUUCCAAGCUAUGGCUCUUGGGAUGAAUUCUUCAGACAGUUCAUGAAAGGACAAGUUUCUUGGGGAAGUUAUUUUGAUUUUGCCAUUAAUUGGAACAAACAUCUUGAUGAUGAAAAUGUUAAGUUCCUAUUAUAUGAAGACCUGCAAAAGAACCUGGCUGCUGGAAUAAAACAAAUUGCUGAGUUCUUUGGAUUCUCUUUAACUGGGGAGCAGAUUCAAACCAUCUCAGCCCAGAGUACAUUCCACGCAAUGCAAGCAAAGUCCCAGGAAACACAUGGUGCUGUUGGCCGGUUUCUGUUCCGCAAAGGUGAAGUUGGCGAUUGGAAAAAUUUGUUCAGUGAAACUCAGAACCAGGAAAUGGAUGCAAAAUUCAAAGAGUGCUUAGAAGGCACUUCCCUAGGAGCAAAGCUGAAGUUACUAGAAGAAAUGGCCAAUGAGCGUCCACCAAGUUUUUCUAUAGAGGAACUUAAUACAUACUGUCAGAAGCACAGCUUGGUACUUAGGUAUUAUGAACUGUCUAAGGAAGGACCUGCGCAUAACUUAAAGUUUACAUUUCAAGUUACCAUAAAUGAGAGAAAAUAUUCAGAAGCGGAAGGUAAAUCAAAGAAGGAAGCCAAAAAUGCUGCAGCCAAAUUAGCUAUUGAAAAACUUAAUGAAGAAAACAAGGCAGUUAGUUCUUUAUCACUGACAACAGAUACUUCAGAAGGAUUAGGAGUGGGAUCCUUUGAGAAUUUCAUAGGCCGUAUGAAUAGGCUUGCCCAGAAGGAAAAACUAUCUGUAAAUUAUGAACAAUGUGAAUUGAAAGAAUAUGGGCCAGAAAGAUUUUACUAUAGAUGCAAAAUUGGGCAGAAAGAAUAUGCUGUUGGUGGAGGUGCUACCAAACAGGAGGCAAAACAGAUGGCUGCUAAAUUUGCAUAUGAGCAGAUACAAUCAGAGAAAACCUUAAUGAAAGAUGACUCACUAUCAAGUGAUUCUUGGACUACUUCACCUAGUAAUUCGGGAAACAACACUUCGGUGAAUAGCAUAUCUGCUUCUAAAUCACCACUUGAAAAUGAUUUCUCACCAAAUGCACCAGAAGGAAAUUGUAACAGCAACAGUAUAAACAAUUCUUCAACUCCUCUGAGCAAUGUCAAAAGUAGUGAAAAGAAGGUGAAAAGAAGUUUGGCACCUACCUUUAACUCUCCUGUGACCAAAGAAAACAAGUACACUGUGGAAGUCAGCUUGGUGGUAGCUGGGGAACCGAAUAUGGUGCUUCCUUCUGAAGUUUUACACCUUAAGUUUGCUUGUGAUUUUACAGAAAUAACACCGAUUGCCUCAGGCGGAUAUGGUCAGGUUUUCAAAGCAAAGCACAAAAUUGAUGGGAAGACUUAUGUUAUUAAACGUGUUAAAUAUGAUAAAGACAAGAAGGUAGAGCGUGAAGUAAAAGCUUUGGCAGCACUUGAUCACCCAAAUAUUGUUCACUACUAUUGUUGCUGGGCUGGGGAAGAUUACCAUCCUGAGGACAGCGUAAAUCCUUCAAGACCAAAGAUUAAGUGCCUUCUCAUCCAAAUGGAAUUCUGUGAUAAAGGGACAUUGGAGGCAUGGAUUGACAACAGAAGAGGCAAGAAGACAGACAAACCUUUGUCUCUGGAAUUAUAUGAACAAAUAGCAGAAGGUGUGGAGUAUAUACAUGGUGAACAGCUAAUUCACAGAGACCUUAAGCCAGGUAACAUAUUUUUAGUAAAUACAAAACACGUAAAGAUUGGAGACUUUGGACUUGUGACAUCCUUGAAAGAGUAUGCAAAUCGGACAAGUAAUAAAGGAACUCUUCGGUACAUGAGCCCAGAGCAGAUUUCUUCAGAUGAAUAUGGAAAAGAAGUGGAUAUCUUUGCUUUGGGGCUAAUUCUCGCAGAACUUCUUUACAUAUGUCCCACUGUUUCAGAAACAAUACAGAUUUUUAAAGACCUAAGGGCUGACAAGUUCCCAGAUAUGUUUGAUGCCAGAGAAAAAUUUCUUCUGCAGAAAUUAUUGUCACAGGAUCCCACAAAGCGACCUAAUGCAUCUGAAAUACUGGAGACUUUGAAGGAGUGGAAGAAUGUUGCAGUGAAAAAGGAACGAAGCACGUGGUAGAGCCCUUCUAAAAAAGUGUCCUACUUUGGAUAUUCAAUUUUUCUGUAACUGUCUAAAAUCUUCUAGGGACUGCUGAUGGUAUUUACCUUCUAUUUUAAUUUUUCCCUUAAUUUUUCACUACAUUUUAGGAAGGUUUGAAUCUUUUUUUUUUUUUUAACUUCAGAAACAUUCAUACAUUUGCCUAAUUUUCCUGGCUCAUCUCCUUAUUAUAAACAUUGGGGGGGAAUCUCUCAAAUUUUUUAUAUCAAUUAGUGAAUCAAUCAACUAAUAAUAUUUAUCAAGUGUUCACUCUUUCUAGGCCAAAAAAUGUAAGAUCUUUCCUUGUCUUAAAUAGCUAACCAGCUUGUUAGAGAAAUAUGGUGUCCCUAAAAAGAUAAGUGAUAUACAAUCAUUUUGGAAAACAAUUUGGUCUGAUCUGGUUAAGUUGAAGGUGUAUAUACCCUGAAAGCCAUCAGUUCCAUUCCCACUUGCAUGCCUACAAGAAUGUUCAUAGAAACUCUGUUUAUAAUAGCCAAAAGAACAAAAAACAAUGUCCGUCACAAGAAGAAUGGAUAAAUAGUUUCUUUUUCAUACAUUGUAAUACUGCAUAGCAGUGAAAAUGAAUGAAUGACAUGCUAAAUGCAGUAACAUGAUACAUCUGGUAGGAACAUAAUGUUAAGGGAAUAUAGCUGGUUACAGAAAAUAUAGACAGAAUGGUUCUCUUUACAUAAAGUUCCAGAGAGAAUGCUAAAGGAAAGAAUUUUGUUUAGAAAUGCAAACAAAUGUGGUCAAACAAUAAAAGGAAAGAAAGGAAUAAAGAAAUAUUAAAUCCCAUAGUGGUUCUCUGAGGAGGGACAGAAGGGGUGUGACCCAGGGGGUGAACUGCAAAGAUAACAGUUCACCUUUUUUUCUUAUACUGGCUGUUGAGUUUACUACUGCUUACUGCCUAGUUAUUCUUUUUUAUCUUAAAUACAUCUUGAUUUUGGCUUAGGUCGUGAUCUCAUGGUGGUGGGAUUGAGCCCCGUGUUGGGCUCUGCGUUCAGCGGGGAGCCUGCUUCUCUCCCUCUCCCUCUGCCCCAAUCCCUGCUCUCUCUCUCAAAUAAAUAAGUAAAAUCUUAAAAAAAAAAAAAAAAAA